AGUGAAACUGGUCUUUCGGUCCUUGGCUUCAUAACCUCGUGGACUUGCUCAGAGCGUGGCUUGACUUGAUCUAGGUAUGGCUGUGUGGGUUGCAGGGCUACUCCUGGCUAUAUAUGUGCCCGUGUACGUGUCAGGCCUACCUGCGGACUUUAUCGUGAAAGUCUCUGCUCACUGUGGAGACGGCAAGUCAAAUGGCUUCAUUGAGGUAGUGUCUGACUUGAGCGUUCGUGUAACGGCCAAAUGUAAGAACGGUCUGCAGCUUUUCAAUAAAACCGAUGGUGCUCAUUGUAUAAUGCCAAUCUCGUUCAAGGACGAUGGCAGCGCUCGUUGCGUCAUGGAGAGACGGGAAGGCGCCACCGUGUAUUCGGCCAGAGUUUACGUAGCGUGGGGACAGGAAGGAAGUCCUAUCAUAACCAAUGCAGAACAAUACGCGGUUUCCUGUGCGUUCGGCGACUACGGCGUAAGAUCGACCGCCGUAAAAGAUGCGUUACACGGACUUAUCGCCCCGUCAGAGCUGCAGUUCCAUAAUGGCCCUCAGUUUUCCUCGUCGGUUCACCUGGGUCUGGUGGAUGUGAAAGGCUUUGCUCUAGACUCAAAUAUUCCAGCCCAGAGGAAGAUCCAGAUCAAGGCAACAACAGAUGGUAAAGAUGGCGAGGUGGGCCUCAGGGCGUCUUCCUGUGACGUUGUAGGGAUCAACUCGAACGAGAGAUAUGCGAUUCUUCGAGCAGGCUGUGGAGAUGGAAUAAUCUUCCAGAAGGAUCAAGGAUUUACAACUGUUGGUAAAAGUUCAUUCAGUCCUUACUUCACUUCGUUUCACCUCGGCGACGAUAAGGAUAUCAAGUUUGACUGCAACUUCACAACGUGCAAUACAAGUUGUGAUGGGAGCUCCUGUCGCAAUGAACGCCGAAGACGUGAUGCUCCUAGAACUCGAGAAAACGAUGUAUCCAUGAAAGUCCAAUCCAACAUUUACAGCCUUGUGGGCAGAGAAAUGGGCACGAUCAGGCACCCAGCUGGAGUACUCGGAAUACCGCCCAAAAUAAACCUCGUCAAUGAAAAGGUCGAUCUACCCCGACCAGUUGCCGAAGAUACGGAACGAGCUCGACCUUUGGCGAAAGAGGUUGAACUGCCCUCACCAUUGACCGAAGAGGACGAUCUACACACCCCAUUAGCGAAUGGGGAUGAUCUGCCCCCACAAAUGGCCGAAGAGGCCGAUCGACCCCGACCGUCGUCGAGAUUUGACGAGCAACCCCAAAUGUUGUCGAUCGUGGACGAUGAACACCGACCAUUUGCAAAACAGAACAACGAAGAUAUAACCCUUGGCCUCUCGGAAUGGCCGAUCCUUCCUUGGCCGGCAAUUGUGUCCCUGACCUUUUUGUGCUUAAUGUCGUUGGGUCUGUCGCUGUAUAGCUUUGUACUUUCAAACCGGAGACAGUCCGUAUCUGUGCCAGCAUAGUAACUCAAUAAACGAGAUCAGAUACCAA